AUGGGAAGAUUAAUAGGAUUGGAGCUCCACAACUUUAAAUCAUACCGUGGCAAGACCAACGUAGGCUUUGGAUCGUCGAACUUUGUAUCAAUUAUUGGCCCAAAUGGUUCGGGAAAGUCAAAUAUGAUGGAUGCUAUAUCCUUCGUGUUAGGUUUGAACUCGUCACAACUUAGAUCAAGGCAAUUGAAAGAUUUGAUAUAUCGAGGAAGAAGGGAUGCGUUAGGUGAUUUGGAUGACAGUACUCUUGAUCUUGAGCAGGAUCCUAGAUCAGCAUACGUCUUGGCUAUUUACGAAAAGGAUGAUGGAGACAUUUUGCGAUUGAAAAGAUCGAUUUUGGCAAGUGGAAACACCGAAUAUCAAAUCAAUGAUCAAUCUGUAACUAGACUUAACUAUGCAGCAGCAUUGAAAAAAGAAAACAUUCUUGUAAAGGCAAGAAACUUUCUCGUAUUUCAAGGUGAUGUUGAACAAAUCGCAUCACAAAAUCCAAAGGCAUUGUCUGCCAUGAUAGAACAUAUCAGUGGAUCUAAUGAAUUCACAGAAGAAUAUGAGCGCUUAAAAGAAGAAAGAGAUCAAGCGCACGAAGUUACCAACGAAGUUUUUUCAAGAAAGAGGACUCUUAACUCGGAGUCGAAGCAAUACAAGGAGCAAGCUUCUGAGCAGCGCCAAUUUGAGAAAAAUCUUAUCUUGAGAAAUGAUCUUGUGAAGAAGCUAAAUUUGUAUCAAUUAUACCAUAAUGAAAACAAGCACUAUAAGUUGAAGGAAGAAAUCAGGUCAAAAAAUGCCCAAUUGAAGGAGAUGAAAAGUGAACUUUCAACAAAGGAAAAAACCUACAAAGCCUUGACUUCAGAGUACUCCAAAACAGCACUUGAAUCGAAAAAUCAUGCCAAACAGAUUGAACAGUCAAAUCAGAAAGUAGAGACCACCAAGCGAGGUUUAAUUCCCCUCGAAUCAAACAAAGCAUCCUUAUCAUCAAAGAUUAAAUCACAGGAGAACAAAGUGUCGGAUUUGGAGGUUGAUAUCAAAUCCCAAAAAGCGCAAGUUAAGAGUCUCGAAAAGCAACUUAGUGACAGCAAAAAGUUGUUCAAAGACUUCGAGGAACAAGUUAGGUCUUCGAUAGCAGCAUCAUCGAAUUUGAAUAUACGAGAAGAGGGACAACAAGAAUACGAGAGACUUAGAGCUGAGUAUCUAGCAGCAAGUGGAUCCGAGCUAGAGGAACAGAUAUCGUUAUUGAUGAAUGAAAAAGACUCGUUGACAAUCAAAGAGAAAAGUAUAACUAGUCAAAAAUCUAAUGCCAAGUCGAGAAUACAAGACCUCCAAUCGAGUCUCAAUUUGGAAUUGAAGUCAAAGUUGAAUGACUUAGAAAAUGAAAUCACUCAAGUAUUGAACAAGAGGAAAGAAAAGGAUGAGGCAAGAGAUAAACUCAUAAAACAAAAGGAUAUAUUCAAUCAGGAAGAACUUCAACUCAAUACUGAACUUAAGGGUGUUUUGCUCAAGUUGGAAGAUUUGUCAUCCCAACAACGUGAAUCCAACAAGCAGAAGAAAUUAAGAGAAAAUUUAUCUACUCUAAAAAGACAACUCCCAGCUGGAUCUAUCAAAGGUUUGGUACAUGAAUUAGUUCGACCAACGGAACAAAAAUACGAGUCGGCUUUGCUGACAAUUUUAGGAAAAAACUCAGAUGCGAUUGUAGUGGAAACUGCCUCAAUAGCUUACAAGUGUAUUGAGCUUUUGAAAGAAAGAAGGGCGGGAGUGGCUACGUUUAUCCCAUUAGAUUCAGUUGAGUUUGAUCCCGUCAACUUGAACUAUUUGAGAUCUAUAAAUGACGCCGUUGUACCGGGAAUUGAUAUCGUGGAAUAUGAGAAUAGAUCGCUCGGACCUGCUAUCGAAUAUAUUGUCGGAAGCGCAUUAGUUGCAGAUGACAUUAAUGUGGCUAGAUCCAUAAGAUGGAACUCGUCUAAGAAAUUUGAAAACAAAAUUGUGACAUUGCAGGGCUCUGUUAUUCAUAAAUCAGGCCAAAUGACUGGUGGGCAACAAAUUCGCAAGUCGUCUGCAAAUAUCAGUUGGAAUAAACAAGACUGGACAAAGAUGAAUGAGAGAAAAGAGAUCUUGUUGUCUAAAGUUGUGAAAUUGCAGGAAGUUAGACCAAAAGAAUUGGAAAUUAACUUAUUGGCAGAGGAAAUAAGUCUGUUGAAUGAUAAAUUACCAGUAUUGAAGAAUCAGAAAGCGUCAUUGGAUAGGGCGAUUAAUGAUAAACUUAGUGAAAUUGAUUUCCUGAAGAAACAAUGUGAGAAAUUUGAUGAGUCUUUGGCUAAAAUGAGUAAAGACUUUGAGCGGAUUGACAAUGAGAUUGCGAAGAUAAAGAUGGAUAUUAAAAAGAAAAAGUCCGGAAUAUACCAGAGCUUUUGCGAAAAGUGGAAAAUAAAGGACGGUAUUGAAAAAUAUGAGGAAUUACACGGGACCGCCUUGAGAACAAGAGCAAAGGAACGAUCAUUAUUUUUGAAGUCAAUUUCAGUGUUGCAAAAUAGAUUGGACUUUGAUACAAGCCGUUGUGAAGAGACCGAAUCACGCAAGAAUGUCAUCAAGAAUCAGAUUGUGGAUUUGAAAGAGGAAUUGACCAACGUGCUCGAUGAAAAGAAUAGAUUAGAAGACGAGCUUGAUAAUGCUCAAGCGGAGUAUGAAAUUUUGAAGAAAGAGCAAACCAAGAUAGAGCAAUUAUUAGAGACGAAGUUGAGGUCAUCUAAAUUGGUUGAAAAUGACAUAGCUGAAAGGUCGGUGGAGAUUACCAAUCUUGCGAAAGAAAUCAUUGAAAAGGAAGAAACGUUACUAAAACUCGAUUCCAUCAGAGCCAAUAUCUUGAAGAAUUGUAAAAUACAGAAUAUUAUCUUACCAUUGGAGGCAGGCGACCUUGACCAAAUUUCCAUGGGUGAAGACUCGGAUGAAACUUUGGGUGAAAUUUACAAGAUAGAGAUCGAUUACGAAAUGCUCGACGAGAAAUAUAAGGAAACAUUUAGUACCAAGUUGGAGGCUGAGCUUGAAGUGAUGCUUCAAAAUACCAUUGAGAGUUUGGAAAAGUUGACCCCAAAUGCCAAAGCAUUGGAGAGAUUCAAGGAAGUGGAAAACAAGUUGAGGGGUUACGAUAAGGAUUACACUGUUGCACGUCAAAAGGAAAGAAAAGCAGCUGAUAAAUUUAGAGAAAUUAGUGAAAAAAGAUACGACAGGUUCAUGGAAGCAUUUAAUCACAUUUCGGGCUGCAUUGAUGAUACAUAUAAAGAAUUGACUAAAUCUAGUUUGUCUCCAAUGGGAGGAUCAGCAUUUUUGAUCCUUGAAGAUGAAGACAGUCCUUACUUAUCAGGGGUAAAGUACCACGCCAUGCCUCCUAUGAAACGCUUUCAGGAUAUGGAACUAUUGUCUGGGGGGGAAAAGACGAUGGCAGCAUUAGCUUUGUUGUUUGCGCUCCAUUCCUUCCAACCAUCUCCAUUCUUUGUUUUAGAUGAAAUCGAUGCUGCUUUAGAUAACAGCAAUGUGGCAAGAAUUGGUAAUUACAUCAAAAAUCACGCUGGUCCAAACUUUCAAUUCAUUGUGAUUUCGUUGAAGAAUAACUUGUAUGAAAAGUCCGAUGCAUUAGUGGGAAUAUACCGUGAGCAGAGAGAAAAUAGCUCCAAAACGGUAACGCUCGACUUAAGUGAGUAUCCAGAUGAAGAUAUACCAUUGCAAGGGAACACAGUUGUUGCAGCUUAG